AUGGGGCUGGCUCCCCGGGUAAGGGAUGUGCGCCCCGGACUGCUGGAUCUCGGCACGUGCCUGGAGGAGAGACCAGUUCUGGCUAAGGCGCCGCCUCGCCACUCUGAGGUUCUUAGAGCGAUUGAAAAUGUUAUUGAAGAUGUUAUCGCAAGUUUGUCCAGAAAUGAAGCACCCCUUCUCUUAUUGACUAACAGAUCAGAUUGGGAUAACAUACAGUUCGAAGAUACUGUAGGUUUGCAGAUGACAUCUAAUUGUACCAGAAGGAAAAUAAGAAGUGACUGUCCCAAGUCAGCCCCAAAGUUUGCACUAUUCCUUAAAAUGUUAUCUAUCAUCUAUAAGAUGGUGCAGUCCAAUAUUUAUGCAACUAAAAGAGAUAUAUUUUAUACUGAUACACAAUGUUUUGGCAACCAAAGAGUUGUGGACAUCAUUAUCAAUGAUAUUUCUUGUAUGCUCAGGAUACCUAGGAGGAGUCUACAUAUUCUGUCUACCAGCAAAGGAUGUAUUGCUGGUAAUUUAAGUUACGUUGAGGAAGAUGGCACAAAAGUUAAUUGUACCUGCAGUACAAUGACAGCCGUACCAUCUAAUGUUGAAGGAAUGAGAAAUUUGAGCACCGAUGCAGAAUUUAUACUAAUUGUAGAAAAAGAUGCAACAUUUCAGAGACUCUUGGAUGACAACUUCUGCAGUAAACUGUCCCCAUGUAUAAUGAUUACGGGAAAAGGUGUGCCAGAUCUAAACACAAGAAUUCUAGUCAAAAAAUUGUGGGAUUCAUGUCAUGUACCUAUCUUUGCUCUCAUGGAUGCUGAUCCACAUGGUAUCGAAAUAAUGUGUGUCUACAAGUAUGGAUCUGUGUCAAUGUCAUUUGAAGCCCAUCACCUCACAGUUCCAGCUAUAAGAUGGCUUGGACUCCUUCCAUCAGAUUUCGACAGGCUGAAUGUUCCUAAGAGUGCACUGAUUCCAUUUACUAAACGAGACCAAAGUAAGCUAGCCAGUUUGCAGAAGAGACCUUACAUUUCUUAUCACCCAACCUGGAAAAAAGAGCUAGAUAUUAUGGCAGUAUCUAAAAUGAAGGCUGAAAUCCAAGCUUUGACUUCUUUUUCAUCAGAUUACCUAUCCAAAGUAUAUUUGCCAAACAAGCUGCAGUUUGGUGGAUGGAUAUGA